AUGCUUUAUUCAAAAUUAGAUUUAUUUUCUUCACAAUUCACAUUUUACAUAGGCAACAAGCACACAAAAAGGGGCACUUUAUUUGGAAUAUUACUUUCUUUAUCAAUAAUAGUCUUAGCAUGUGCAUAUUUGAUAUACAUGAUAUGGUAAUUCUUCACUAACUAAAUAGAACCAACUUUUAGAUCAUAAAGCUUCAUUACAGAAGACAAAAUUGAUAUUCCGUUGAGCAACAGUAUGGUAGGGUUCAGAUUUGAGUAAGGCUAAGAUUCAGGAAACCAAGAAAUUUAACAAAACAAAACUUAUUUAGUAUACAUAGCAUAUUUGUAUUAUAAUAGUCCAAACUUUUCUUCAUUUAUUCCUCUAAAUGUCACUGAAUGCACUGAUCCUAACCUUUAAGGGUUCAAUUGUCUAGAUUUUUCAAAUGUUUCUAAUUAUACGCUAUCUCUAAGCACAAAAAGUAAUCUUAAAUCUACAAUUGAAAUAUUCAUGUAUGGCUGCUUAGAUCUUGAUAGUUUAAAAACUACUAUUCCUGAUAACUGCGCCACUUAAAAUGAAAUAGAUAGUGUUAUAAAUGGUGUUAAUGCUGUUUUAAAAUUUAAACUAUUCACUUCUUAAUACAAUACCACGUCUUAAGAAAUAUAAGUUAACUAUAGAAAUGCUAUCGUUUACACAGUAGCCAAUUAGGCUAUACUUACUUAAUUAAAAACUUAAAAAUAGGUUACCUAAAUUAAGUAGGGAUUAAUAGUUUAAUCGAACUCUGUGUUUUCUUCUCCAAUACAAUAUGUUUAGCAAGAUUAAGGAUAUGAUAGGCAAUAUGCUCUUUAGUAAAUAAAAGCUGGUGCUUAUAGCACUGCAGUUAUAUAUUUAGACGAGAUUGUCUAGUAGAUUUAAAUAUAAUAUCCUACAUUACCUUAGGUUUUUGCUCUAGUAAAUAGUACUAUUACACUUUUAAUGCUUUUAGGUAUUUUUGGUAGGUUUGCAUCUUAAAAGUCUAUUAACAAAGAUUUCUGUAUGCUUUUUUUAAAGAAUCUCUACUAAAAUGAUUAUUUAGAAAUCAUAAAAUAAGAAAAUUGUGAAUAAUAAUUUUAAUAAGAUAAAAUAUAAUCGGAUGUUAAAAAUCAGGAGGAAUAUGAUGGUUAAAAAAAUAGAGUAAAUGAAGAUCUACAGGAAAAUUAUAGUUAGCCUAUUUUUAUUCCUGCUUUUGCUAAUAAGUAAAAGGCACUUUUAGAUUUAGAAUAAACAUUUAAUACUAAUUAAAUUAAUCUUGAAACUUAAAAUAACAAAAUGACUGAUCAGCAUUAAAAAUGUGAUGAUGGAUAUAAGUUUAAGCAAGAAAUAGAAUAAUAGUAAGAAUUUGAAAAAUUUAAUGCUGAAUAACUUAUCACUUCGUAGAAAGCAGAAAAGAACAAUAAGUAAAGUUAAUUCUUAAACAAUUAUAAUUUAUAAGAAUCAAUAUCAUAUGGAUCUCCGACAAACUAAUUAAGUAAUAACUAAAAAGAUUAAAGCUUGAUUAACUCAAAUAAUUUCAUUUUAUCAAGCAAAUAAACGUUUGUGAAGAAAAAAUUCUUUUUCAAACAAUUUUCAAAAACUGAAAAUCAUUAAAAGAGCUAAAAAACUGAUUUGAAGAGUAACAAAUAUAUUUAAAUUCUAGAAAAAAUAAAUGAUAGAACUACUUCUGAUAAAUUUUAGAAAAUCUUAUUUAAAAUGAAUGGUUUGUUUAGAAAAUGUGAUCAUCCAAUUAAGUAACAAAAUGAAUUGACACUAAGUAUUAUUGAAGAAUAAAUUAAAAAGGACUUAAAUAUUUUAAAUUUUGUGAAGGAUAUAAUAUUUCUUAAGAAAGCCAUCAUGAUGCUCUUAACAAAAGACCAACUUGCAGCACUACAUUUAUUAGGUUUUUCUUCAAAUUUUUUACAUACUGAGCCUUAUAAAUCAGAUUGCAGCUUAGCACAAUUAGAAAAGGAUAAAAAAUUAAGCCACUAUGAAAUGCAAUAUUCUAUUUUAAAAUCGCAGAACAUUAUUACUAAUGAUUUUGUUAAUAUCACACUAAGCAAUGAUUUAAUAGCCUUCAAAUUUGACUUUGAUGUAAAUUCAAAUCCUAAUUUAAAUUUAGAUCUAUAAAAUAAGACAUUUUUAGUUUAUAUGGCUCAAUUUUUUCAAAGAAAUAAUGAUUCAUCUAUUACCGUUUAGCUAGAUAUCAUAAACUGUACAAAUCCAAAUUUAGUAGGAUUUAUGUGUCUUGAUUUUUCAAAGCUAUAAAAUAAUUCUCUCUCUUUAAAUACUUAAAACAAUUUGUUAUCUUAAAUUUAAAUUUUUACUUAUGGUUGUUUAGAUCUCGAUCUUCAAAAGACUACCAUACCUAAUAAUUGUGCAAACUAAACAGAUAUUGAUAAUUUAAUUAAUGGAGUUAAUUCUGGAUUGAAACUUAAGCUAUUUACCUCUCAGUACAACACUUCGUCUAGCGAAUUAGUAAAUACUAACAUAAAUAAAAAGUUAACUCCAAAUUACCUCAGUAAAAUAAGGUGCCUUGAUUUAAUAAGAGACUAAAAUGUAGACAGAUAAUAUGCAUUUUAAGCAAUCGGUAUAGGAAGCUAUAGUUGUGUUUUUAUCAAUCCGGAUGAGAUUGUUUAGUAAAUAGAAAUUUAAUAUUAAACUCUUCCCUAAGUUUUCUCUUUUGUUAGUAGCAUUUUUACAUGUUUGAUGUUUUUAGGCAUUUUAGGUAGGAAGGUCUCUUAGAGUUCAAUUAGAAAAGAUCUUUUUAUAUCAUUUUUAAAGAGCAUGUUCUAAGAUAAAUAUUUAUAAAUUUUAAAAGAUAAUGGCCUUUAUAAUGACCAAUAAGUCGAUCAGGGUUCAAAUCUGUUCUAAUAAUAACAACAAUAAUAACAGCAAUAAUAAUAAUAAUAUUAAUAAUAAUAAUAAUAAGACUAAGAUAAAGAUAGAGACUUUUCUAAAUAAAUAGAAGAUAAAUCAGUCUCAUUUAAUGAAUCAAAAGAUGAAGACGAAAGAAGUAUAUCAAACUCAAUUCCAAAAUUUAUGAGCAAAAUGAAGUGUUAAUUGGAUUCAAAUAAUAUGCUAAAUAGACAUAAAAAAGAAAAUUAAAUUGAAUCUAACUAAAAAAUAAAAAACUCUUUAAUUUUAUCUGAAAAUAAUUAUUAAAAAUAGGAUAAUACUAUUCCAGAAUUCUAAAAAGAAGACAACUUUAUAGACAAAGAAGAUAAUUUUUAAAUAAAACAAGAAACAAAUUCAAUUCAGAAACUAAAUCUAAGUAGUUAUAGCAUAACUAAAAGCCAAAUAUCACAAUCACGCUAAACUAAAAGUAAUUUUAAAGAAAUGAUAACAUUUGCCAAUAGCAAAAAAAAAUAGAACAAUUAAUCUAAGUUUGAUAGAAAAAAUCAAGACUAGAAAAUUUAAUCACAAGAUUCUGAACAGAGCACAUAAUAAUAAUAAUAGUAAUAAUAGCAAUUAAAUUUUAGUGAAUAAGUACUAAAGUUUUUAACUAUUUAAAACUCAUCUUUAUCAAAUAAGAUUUAGAAACUAAUAUUCCGAUUGAGUCUAUGUAAAAGAAAAAAAAUAAAAAAAAUAACAGGUCUUAAUGAUAAUUAGCUAUUACAAAUAGAUUAUCAAAUCAAAAAAAAUUUGGACAUUUAAACCUUUUUAUAAGAAAUGAUUACUCUCAAAAAAGCCAUUAUGAUCUUACUAAGUUAAGACUAACUUGCUGCAUUACAAUUAAUAGGCUGCUCUUAAAAUAUUCUAGAUUUAAAUUUUAAAGAGUUGAAUACAAAACAUAAAUAAUUAGAUAAAAAUUUAAGCCAUUAUGAACUAACUACAAUGUAUUAUAUCAUAAUCUCAGUUACCUUAACAGCUGUAGAUAUAUUUAGAAGUUUGUUUAUUAAAGGUGUUCAAAUAAUUCAUAAAACCUAAUUGACAAAGAUUUUAGAAAAAUAUCCUCAUUUAAUUAAAAUAGAACCAGUUGCUGAUACUUUUAUUGAAUAAUUGAGGAGGAGUUACACAGGCCUUAGAUAUAUUAAAGAUAAUUUUAUUAUAGAUAAAUUUAUAUCAAUUUAGAAUGAUAAAUUAAUCAAAACUAAAAACCUAAAUUUAAACAUAUAAAUAAAAUAUAGAAAAUAUUAUAAAAUUUAUAUAUGUAUGUGUAUGUGUGUGUAUGAAUAGAGUUUAUGGAUUUAAAUUAUAUUUUUGUAAGUAAGAUCAAUCAAAGUUAUAUAUAUAUUAAUAAAACAAAUUUGA